CAAAAGAGGGUCGCGUCGGCGUUCUCGGUACCCGUCGGCCCCGUACCGACUUUCAAAGUUCUGCUGAGGGUACAGCAGAGACUUCAUAAGCACUACGGACUCAAAAGAUCAGUGCUGCAGGGUAACUUUCUCGCGAAUAUUCCACGACGAUGACGACCACGACGAUGAUCACGACGGCAGAGGCGGAACCGCAGGCAGGCCUCUCGUGGAGGCUACCACAGAGUACAAGGGUGUAUCCGUGCACCGCCGGUGUCGCAAUGAAGGUCAAUUGCGAGCCUGAACGCGUGGCCGCCCUCACUGUCUGGCCCGUCAUGUUCGAUGGUUCGGCAGCGAAGUCAGUCCGCUUUGGGGCAGAAGUCGAGGGCGUGGAUUGGUCCAAGCCAGUGCCUGCUGAAGUAGUCGCGCAGCUCGUGUCACUUCAGGACAAGUACGCUGUGCUCAUCUUUCGCAACACUGGACUGGACGACGCUCGACACAUUGCCUUUUCGAAAGAGCUGGGCGACGAACUAGAGACAAAUCCGUUCUACUACGGCAUCGAGAAUGAUCGCGUGGGUAACCCGCUGCUCUUUGACGUGGGCAACAUCGACAAGGACGGCUCUCCUGUUCGCAAGGACAGCAGACGAUGGCAUCACAGCAUGGGCAACGUGCUCUGGCACACCGACUCGUCCUACCACCAGCAAAGAUCCAAGUACUCAAUCCUCCUUUCUCAUGGCAAUCCUGUCAAGGGAGGCUCCUGGACGCAUUUUGCUGAUACAAGACGCGCAUAUGCGGAUCUGCCCGAGGACAAAAAGCGCGAAAUCGAAGAUAUGAUCGUUGAGCACGACCUCUGGCACUCGCGCAAGAUCGGGUCGCCCCAGGUGUACAAGGAACCAUUGCCCCAUGAGAGAACUCUCAAGCCGCCGGCGUACCACCGCCUGGUCCAACGUGCUCCUGACGAGAGAAAGACUCUCUUCCUGGCAGCGCAUGCCAAGCGCAUUCUAGGCCGCUCUCUCGACGACAGUCAGCGGCUCCUUUGGGAUCUCAUUGCUCACUGCACCAAGCCCGAAUACGUCUUUAGCAUGGAGUGGCUCCAGGGCGGUGACAUGGUCUGGUGGGACAAUCGCCAAUCGAUGCACCGCGCCAAUCCGUACACUGAGGAGAUGACAGCUCGGGAUGUCCGUCGGUCGACAAUCAUUGAUGAUGGGCCGCUGGCAUUUGGUGUGUCCAGAGAUGAAAUUCACCGUGCUGGCCUGUCGGUCGAGGAAUAAAGCCGUAGGUUGCAUCCUCGCAAGGAAGAGGAAUGGUAGCGUCUCUGCAUUGUAGCGGUGGCAUGGCUGUGGGCUAGCAUUCUCUCGGCAUUUGGCAU